AAUUUUGACUCGGUACAUUUAUUUCACAGGUUCUGCUUUAUAUGCAUUGACAACUGGGCUACCAUCACUAAUCUUUGCCCACUUUGCCAGAAUGAGUUUCAGUUAAUCACUUGUGUUCCAGUAUAUGAUACCAUUGGAAACAAUAAAGUUGAAGAUGAUUCAUUCUUCAGAGAUGAUGACUGGUCCAUUGAAGAGAAGAAUAGCACACUGUCAUUUCCCUCUUACUACAUUGAUGAAAAUGCAGUUAUUUGCUUGGAUGGUGAUGGCUGCAAGGUUCGCAAUGGGUUGGCUACUAUUGAAGGAGAUUCUGAUCUCGAUACAUCAAUAGCCUGUGAUUCAUGUGAUAUAUGGUAUCAUGCCUUCUGUGUGGGAUUUGAUACUGAAGGUACAUCAGACAGUACAUGGUUAUGCCCCAGAUGUGUUGUUGAUGAAGUUUCUAAAGGAACAUCCAAUUCAGUAGAGAGGACAACCGUGGAAUGUAAUGCAGAUGAUCAUAAUAGUAACAGUGAAUGCCAUGCUAAGGAUUCCUUUUCAGGAAAAGUGUCUGUGUCUGUUGCUGAUACAGGAGAGACAGUUGUUGUUGUUUCAAUGGUUAACCAAACAAUAUGGGUUCCAGCAACAAGUGAGAAAAUCCUAUUGCCUUUUGAAGUUGGUGGGUACCCAAUGACUGAAUCAUGUAUUUUAAUGUCUGACACAAAUGGUCAGCAAAGUGGGGAAGUGAAGACAGAGACAAAUACGUUACGAAUCAUGGAGGAAGAAGAACUGGAACUGUCUUUGUCAAACAACAUAUCCUGUAGCGUAACUUCUAAAUCCUUAGUGCAUAAUGAUUUAAAGAAAAGUGUCCGUGGAGCAAGGGAUGACCCAAGUGGCUUUGACGGAACCAAGUUAUUCGACGAGUCCCUUACCAAAACUAGUCCAUCCAAAAUUGAAUCCGAAAUGGGUCUUCAACUUGGUUUGUCAGUGGGCUCUUUCUUAUCUGUUGAUGGUGCAGACAAGAAUGAAACAAAAGAUCAAGCAACUGAUGUCCUGUGCUUGAGUUCAGAAGAAUGUUUUUUGAAAGGAGAUGAAAUUGAAGCAAAUGCUUGUAAGGACAAUGCCAAAGUGGCUGGUGGAAAGAGAAAGCAUGCUGAUUAUAGAUAAGAAAUUAUUUAAAUU